UUCCCGAAAAAUGCAAUAUGGCCACCCCCACCUAAUUGGAUACUGUGAAGAGCGUUGGUGGGAGCAUCAUUCCCAAUUGAAAUAAUAGAGAAACAGAGAAUGAAAAUGUAGAUUCAUGGAUAGGAGUAAAGAGGAACGUAGAGGGAGAGGGAGAGGCGCAGGAGACGAGAAAGCUGGAAAAUGUCAAAAUCAAACCGAAGCUAGAGGUGGAGGAGCUUGCAAAGGAACAGUAUGUAAAGGAUUUCUCUAUUACUCUUCUGCUCUUAAAUCUAACGGCAACAAUCCUCGAUGCAUCGGCAUCCCUCAUACUGUUCAUAGAGUUCCCAGUGACAUUAUCAAAGAUUAUGAGAUUGUAUCUUCUGCAAGGGGAUUGGGUCCUAAGGAUUUUUAUUAUGCUUGUGCUGGGAACUCGGUAUAUCUCAUUAAAGAUCAGUCUAUGGAUAAGCAAGUGACAACAUCUCAACUGCCACUUUGUGUUGGCCUUGAGUUUAUUGCGGACAAAAGGGCUGCAGUUUUAUUGGAUCAUAGAAAAAGAGUUCAUAUUGCUGAUAGUGCAUCUGCUCCCGCUCGUGUUCAUGGUAAAGAAGAUGGCCGAGAGCGUCCUCAGGCUCAAACACGUAAACCAGCCGAUUCUGCAGGAGAUGAUUUCCUGAGGAGAUAUACAAGGAAUGCAAGCCUGGUUGCAGCAGGGGUGGCGAGAAACAUACAAAAAGUGGGUAAUCGUAUAAAAGAAAGCAUGGAUGAUAUUAUGUUCCCAAACCGAAAGCGACCAAAGUGAGGCUGUCGGCUUGGGAUAAUGCCUGAAGGAAAAGAGAAUUAGCUGACAUGAAGUAAAAUCACGGUUCAUAUGCUAUUUUGCAUUAAUUAUGUAAGCUGAUAGUGUUAAAAUAAAUGAUGUCAUGCAAAUUGUUGAUUGUAUGGUAGUUCCUGACAUAAUAGAAAGAAGAAAGAUAGCUACAUAUAUAAAACUAUAGGCACAAGGCACACAAGGGCGAGGUUAAGGAGGUGUAUGCCUGUUUUCUCAUCUUUCAGGUUAUGUUUCAUCCCUAAAAAAGCUUGUUGCUGUCAAAAAGUUAAUUAUCUUAUAUAUAUAUGAAAUACUAAUCGAUAGGGCCUCAUCAGUGAGUACUACAA